AUGAGUGUAAGUAAAUCUCUUAUAACGUGUGCUCUAUGCAAGAAAAUAUUCACUAAUCCUGUUACCCAUAAUUUAUGCGGCCAUUCGUUCGAUCUUGAAUGCAUUAUGAAAGAAAACACAUGUCCUGCGCCUCAUUGUGGCAAGGAAAUAAAGGCAGCAGAUUUAUCCACGAAUCAUACACUCGUAGGCAUUGUCAACGAUUAUAGUGAAACAGUAACCGAUUCGUAUCAUCUUUAUCUGAUUGAUACAAGCACAUCGAUGCAAUCAUCUGAUCAUUGGCUUUUUGGAUGGUUUGGUAGAAGUCGAUUUGAACAAGCGAAAGAUUAUAUGAUGAAAAUUUUUGAAGAAGAAAUGAAAUGGACAAAACAUAAAAUGUGUUUAGCAACCUUUGAUACCAACGUGAUAUUCAGAGUUGCAUUCAAGACGGUGGAUAAUGAACAUGUAGCAAAAUUAGGGUUACUCGAGCCAGUCGGAAAGGAAACUGCGCUUUUCGAUGCUAUAAAAGACUGCUUGGAUCAUUUCGAACAUUUAAAUCAAAUCUAUGACAAUCCUCCACGAUUCCUGUACAUUUUCACGGAUGGUAAACGCAAUGCGGGAUGUAAAACUACUGUUGGUGUUGAUGCUCAAUCACUGAAUAUUCACACUAACAAGUUAAAUAUAGCUGGAAUGAUGAUUCAUGUUGGAAAAACAAAUGCCGAUGAAACAAGACAAAUAUCUGGUCAACUAGGAUAUCAAUAUGUGCAAUUAAACGAAGAUAAUAUCGGUCCAACUGCAAAUUCUAUCAUGAUGUCUGUAAAAAUGAAAAUAAAGGCUGCUGCGACAGCCUCAUCUGGAUUUUCAAUAGCUGCAGCUGUUGAGAAGACUUUGGCCAUAUGGCGAGAGACAGAGAAAAGUAUUUGCACAAUACCAGAUCCCUGUGGUCAGGAAGGUCACUCGGAUUUACCUCGAUUUCAACAACAGUCGCAACCAGAAUUACGUCCACAAAGCACCAUGCCGACAGCUACGUACACAGCUUGCCAUCAUCCGCUUGCUUUUGUGCAAUAA